GCCUGUAGCCGUAGUGGAGGCUUGGAGGAUAUUUGAUCACCUCUUUUAUAAGAAUACUGAUUAAGCAGACACACCACAAGGAACCUGUGAGGUUUUUUGCUUUUAAGUGAGUUUCCUUCGCUAAACCACAGUAUACGCUAUUGUUGUUUUAAGAAGUUUACUUAUCAGAGCCAGUGAAAUAUGCUUAGUGGUGGACUACACCUUUGCAUGGGUCCUAACAUCUACGGAAGCCACGAAAGUUGUUUAUUACAGUAGGUUAAAUCACGUGAGCACAUAUCUUAUAGACACAUGGUUCAAUGGUUUAAACAUUUACAUAACGGAAGAUGUGUAGACCAUGCAGAGCUGCAAGUCUUCGGCAGCAGUUAAGGGAUUUUUCUGCCUUUAGGUGUCUUAAGGUCUACAGACAGGAUGAUCUACAUCAUAAUGGGAGUCUCAGGCUGCGGGAAAAGUGCCUUAGGGGCCUUCCUAUCGGAAAAGCUGGGCUGGCCUCUGCAUGAAGGGGAUAGCUUCCAUCCACAGGGGAACAUUGAGAAGAUGGCUCGAAGUGAACCACUUACAGACCAGGAUAGAUUACCCUGGCUACUCAAACUACAUGAAGUCAUUGAGAGAGAGAGGAGCUCCGGCUCUGAUGCCCUGGUGGCGUGCUCCGCCCUGAAGCGUCUGUACAGACAGAUCCUGCUCCAUGGCUCCAAAGCCUUCCCUUCCUCCGGUCCAGACCAAGAUGGCCUGCCUGCCUCCUCUCCUGAUGUCUGUUUUCUCUUUCUUUAUGGAGACUACGAUCUCAUUCAGCAGAGGAUGGUGGUCCGGAGGGGACAUUACAUGAAAGCAGAUCUGCUGUGUUCACAGUUUGAUGUUUUAGAGCCUCCGUUGGAUAAAGAGAACGUGUUGCCACUGGACAUCAGGAUGAGCAUCACAGACAUGGCCAUGGAGGUGGAGAAGCACAUAGUCAGCCUCAAGUCGUCACCAAGUCCUUAAACACAGACCAUAUCUAGGUCAUACCGAGUGAAGUGGGGGGCGAGUUUUGGUUUUCAUCUACUCAUUACUGCUUCAGUACAGAAUGAUCCUGUGGUGCUAAAAGCAUUUUAAAACACAGCCACAGUGCCAUUCCAGUAUAUUCCUGCUAUAUUUGAUAUUAAAGGGUUUGAAUCGGACCAUUUUUUGGGGUCAGUUUUGGGCCAGUCGUGGAUAUUAACUACAGUAUUUUUAACUCAAGAGCAGAACUGUAAAGUAUUGUAAAUAUUUGCACUGUAAAUACACACUGCUUCAGCAAUUUUGUUGUGAAAAAUGGAGACACUACUUGACUUAAAUAAAACAUGUAACAUGCUUUU